UUCAUAUUGGCACGACACCAACACUGCUCAUCAGAAUGACUUCCAAUCCGGCGGACCUAAAACUGUUGGUCCACCCGGGUGACCUCCUGGCAGCAGUGAAGACCAAAUUUGGGCCCACCGCAUCCAUAAUCAACUAUGAAGUCGAGUUGGGAACGGAGACGCUGCAAGGGUUUGCAUCGCUCAUUUUAAGGGUCGCAGCAAAGGUUCGAGUUAACGAUUUUGAAAAUGUGGAUGCACGAUUCAUUGUGAAGAGGAAACCAGCUUACGCAGCCCACGCUGAAAUGAUGGGCGGUCUCGGUGACAUCGGCCUGAGGGAGAGCAAGUAUUUUAAUGAAAUUUUGCCCAUUCUCGAGGAGAAGGCCGGACAGUUGCCUGUCGUUCGCGCCCUUGUAUCCCACAAAGAUGCGAUUGUCAUGGAGGACUUGUGCGAAUCCGGGUUUGAAACUGUGUCCAAGACAAUGACGGACAUUGGGCGAGGAAAGGCGCUGACUCUGCCAAUUGCACGUGUGGUAGCGAGGAAACUGGCCAAACUUCACGCCGCUUCGCUCGGAAGGAACUGGCUGGAAACAGAAGCAGAAAUGUUUGAGAGCGAUCCGAUUUUUGACGGACCUCAAAAAGAAAUUUUUAAGGGGAUGGUCAUGAAUGCAUUUUUGAAUAUCAUAAUUCCGAUUAUCGAUGAAUUUUUUGGCGACGUUCCUAUUCUCAAAAAAGUUGUUGAUUUCACUAAUGGACCAAGGUAUUUUGAAACUGUGGCAGAGGUAAUAAAAGACAAAAGCUUCAGACAAAAUGUUGUCCUACACGGAGAUUGCUGGCUGAACAAUUUUAUGUUCAAGAUUGACCCAGAAACCGAAAAGGUCAUUGACAUGCGGUUCAUUGAUCUACAGAUUGUCAGAUUUGGGUCUCCCGCAAAAGAUCUACUCUAUUUCCUGUAUUCAUCUUCAAGCUUAGAGUUUCGUGAAAAAUAUGAGAGGGAAAUCUUGAAAACAUAUGUUGAGGCAUUUAAUGCAGAGGCAAAUGAAACUCCAGAUUUGCUUCAAUUUGAAGAUUUGGUUCAAGAUUAUGAGAAAUCACGCAUAUUUGGAAUUUUCAUAGCAAUGGGAUUGCGCCCUGUUCAAUUUUUGACGUUGUUUGCUCCCCCGUCUGGUGGAGGAUUGGAUAAUGACUUUCUUGAGCAAGUCAAGGACCCCUCAAAAUGGGCCGAGCCAGCAAAAAAACAGUUUCGGGAGGACGAUAUUGUGAAAAAAGAGUUUACAGAUUUAAUACAUCACAGCAUUGAUGUUUUAAAACAAUAUAUUGAUGUAGAAGAAUAAAUUAAAAAAUCGUUUUUCCAAUAAAUAUUUAAACAGCCUAGUUUCAUUUAUUGUAA